CCCUCUGCAGUGACUGAAGCCUCUUUUCAUUAUCAUUAUUAGUAUUAUUAUUCCAGCAUUAUUAUCACUACGCGCUGUAAACACGAAGAGCCGCAGGCGGCGUUGAGAGGAGAGCGCGCGUCACCGGCCGCUCGCCCGCAGCACCACGGACAGCGACCAUGACUCGGCUGCGCAGGAAGGCGCUCGUGGCUCUCUUCCUCUUCACGCUCUUCAUCUUCGGGGCCAUGAUGGGGCUCAGGACGCUGAAGCCGAGCGACGGCUUCUCGGACCUGGCCCCCGGGAUGGACUUCGUCGGGGAGCGAUCCGAAAGGAGGCGGCUGGACGCGAAAGGCGCGGCGGCGGCGGCGGCGGCGGCGGUGGCGUCGCCGGGCCACUUCCACACGGGCGGCAGUGACACCAAGGUGGUGUUCACCAAGUCGGACCGAGACUACAGCAUUUUCUACGACGUGCACAUCUUCUACUACCUGUGGUACGGCUCCCCCAGCAUGGACAACAAGUACAUCCACUGGGAUCACGUGCUGGUGCCCCAUUGGGACCCCAAGAUCGCCGCCAGUCAUGCCCAAGGAAGGCACACGCCUCCAGACGAUAUCGCCUCAAGUUUUUACCCCGAGCUGGGACCCUACAGCUCCAGGGACCCAAAGGUGCUGGAGUCACACAUGGCCCAGAUAGAGGCGGCUGCAGCAGGGGUGCUGGUGUUGUCCUGGUAUCCUCCCGGCAUGGCGGAGGACCACGGGGAGCCCACCGAGGACCUAGUUCCCGCUGUCAUGGACGCCGCCCACAGGCACAGCAUCAAGGUGGCCUUUCACAUGCAGCCAUACAAAGGGCGGACGGACCAGAGCAUGCAUGACAACAUCAAAUACAUCAUUGACAGGUACGGAGAGCACGGCGCCUUCUACCGAUUCAAAUCCGGCACGGGGCGAGUCCUGCCCCUGUUCUACGUCUACGACUCCUACCUGAUGGCGCCGGAGUCCUGGGCGGAGGUCCUGACCCUCAAAGGCUCCCGCAGCAUCAGGGGCACCCCUUACGACGGCGUCUUCGUCGCCCUCCUGGUGGAAGAGCGCCACAAACACGACAUCCUGGCCAGCGGCUUCGACGGCGUCUACACGUACUUCGCCUCCAACGGCUUCUCCUUCGGCUCGUCCCACCAGAACUGGAAGGCCAUCAAGGAGUUCUGCGACGUCAACAACCUGCUGUUCGUCCCCAGCGUCGGCCCCGGGUACGUGGACACGGCGGUGCGGCCCUGGAACAACCACAACACCAGGAACCGGGUCAACGGGCGCUACUACGACACGUCGCUGCAGGCCGCUCUGUCCGUGCGGCCGGAAAUCGUCGCCGUCACCUCCUUCAACCAAUGGCACGAGGGCACGCAGAUAGAGAAGGCCGUGCCCAAGAAAACGGUGACCCGCUUGUACCUGGACUACCAGCCCAACCUGGCGGACCACUACCUGCAGCUCACGCGCCAGUGGGCGGAGAACUUCAACAAGGAGAAGGACAAGUGGCUGAUGUGAGCGCGAGACGUCGAUCCGGACCCGGUCCACGCUCCGCCCCUUUACGAGCGCCCGUGAUGAGAGAAAUCCUCGAAAUGUUCCCUCCACCCUCGCUGUUUUUAACCACUGACAGGUCUCCGUGCAGGUUGGUGACGUAACGUCACAAUGGCGGCCGCGCGGCCGCGUUGUUUCCCGAGUACGACUGCGUUCGGCGCCCGUGCACAGCAGCUCUGCUCUGUCGCUUCUUAUUUCUUAUUUUCCUAAAAUGAAAGAAUGUUCUUUUCCCGUAUCUCUUUGAAGACAAAUUAAACUACGUGUCUGUUAUACUGUGAGUUGCUGGUGUCACUGCACGAGGAAGGCUGCGAUUUGAGUUUACGAUUUGAUUUGUUUUGGAGGUGGUGACAUAAUGAGAAGACGCGGUAGAAGUAGAGGCUGCGGCGAGCCGCUCCAGCUGGUAUGAAUGAUGGAUCCAUCAUGGCAACGUCCUUUUCAAUACGCGUGUCACGCUGACUUGCAAGCAUUUUGUUGAGUUUUAUGGAACCCCAGAAGGGAGGAGGUCUGGCACAGGCUGCAGGGCCGGAUGGGCCGUGCGAUGUCGCUGCAAGGAAUCGUGGGAGCGAGACUCCGUUAGGUGUCCGUUCCUCGAUACGACACGAAAACCUGCUAAAGGGAGCGCUGUUUAUCGUGUGUUAAUAGUGGUGAUGAGGAGAAAGACACAACCAAAGUCAUUACGUCAAAUAGGUCACCUAAACUUUAGUAAAUCAUUAUUUUACUGUCAGCAAAUGUUUAUAAUUUAUAUAUUAAUUAUUAUUAUUAUCACUUUGUGUAAUGUGAAUUGCUCAUAAAUGAUAUAUUGUAUCAGCACAACAAGGAUGAUAACAAUUAGAUAAAUAAUAGUUUAUUGUUGCACACAUGAUGUUUAUGUUUUAAAUAUGAUCUUUUAGGAGAUGUUUUACAAAUCAUCUGGUUAUAAUGUGUGCCACGAGCAACUGUUAAAUUACAUCAAUUAGAGCAUUACUAAUAAUCUGUACAUAUUAACAAAUUACCCUGUAUGUCAAAUUCUGUUCAGACGGCUUUGUUGCUAACAGAUGAAAAACCAACAACAGUGAAUUGAAUAAAAUGAAUGCAAAAGCACAAUAA